AGAGCUGAGCUACUAUACAAGCACAAGUUUCACGAGGCGUGUCACGUGGCGCAACCACAGUCCACCCACGUCAUCCAAUUCCUCCUUUCUUCCUCUUCCUCUUCGGCGCCACCACCAACCACUCUCCCAGCUUCAGUCAGUUUCCAAGUCCGUCCAAAAAAAACGACACGCCGUUCUGACCAUGGCCGCGCUACUCAGAAAGGUCUGGGAAUCGGUUUCCACCCGCAAGAAUUCCACCUCCUCCUCGUCUUCGUCUUCUUCGGCUUCUUCUUCGGCGACGGCGCCGUUUCUGGGGGCGUUCGAUCCUAUUCCGACGGAGCUGCUGAUGCAAAUUGUGAGGCUGGUGGGGCCCAAGGGAGCGGCGAGGCUUCGCGUGGUGUGCAAGGCGUGGCGGUCGCUGGUGGCCGACAAUGAGCUCUGGAUUUUCUUCUGGCAGACUCAGCAGCAGGAGGAGGAGCUGCAUUGGGAGAGCAUCUUGUUCUCCGAUACGCAUUUGCGAUCCGGUUACCAUAUUCAACCAUUGCCUGAUUUGCCUCAAUUGCCUUUGAUGUCUAUUUAUGGUCAGAGAGGCGGUGCUAUUAUCAUCGACGGUGGCUCUGGCUACUGCAAGUUUGGUUGGAGUAAAGAUGAUUUUCCAGCUGGGCGGUCAGCAACCUUUUUGGAAUUUGGUAACGUUGAGUCUCCUAUGUACUCCAGACUACACCACUUUUUUGGUACUAUUUAUAGCAGGAUGCAGGUGAAACCAUUUUUGCAGCCUGUGGUUGUUUCUGUUCCAAUCUGUCAUUAUGAUGAUACUGAAUCUGCCAGAGCAUCGAGACAACAGCUCAAAGAUGCCAUAUAUAGAGUACUGUUUGACAUGAAUGUCCCCGCUGUUUGUGCAAUUAAUCAGGCAAGUUUAGCUUUAUAUGCAGCGAGAAGAACUUCUGGGAUUGUUGUAAAUAUUGGCUUCCAGGUCACUUCUGUUGUUCCAAUUCUAAAUGGUAAAGUUAUGCGGAAGGUGGGUGUAGAAGUUAUUGGGUUGGGAGCAUUAAAGCUUACUGGGUUCCUUAGGGAGCUGAUGCAGCAGAAAAAUAUCAAUUUUGAAUCACUGUACACCAUCCGGACUAUAAAAGAGCAACUAUGUUAUGUAGCUGCUGAUUAUGAAGCUGAAAUUUCUAAAAACACACAAGCCUCAUUUGGAGAACGUCUUACAAAAGAGCGCUUUCAAACAGGAGAGAUCUUAUUCCAGCCACUACUUGCAGGAGUGCGUACCAUGGGUUUGCACCAGGCUGUUGCUCUUUGUAUGGACCAUUGCCAUUCGGCAGAACUAACAGGCGAUGAUUCUUGGUUCAAGACUGUAGUCUUGGCAGGAGGCAGUGCAUGUUUACCAGGACUUGCAGGAAGAUUAGAGAAGGAAUUACAUGGACUUCUCCCUCCAUCUGUGUCCAAUGGAAUCACUGUCAUUCCCCCUCCAUUUGGUGCAGAUACUGCAUGGUUUGGGGCUAAAAUAAUCAGCAGUUUGAGCACCUUCCCCGGUCCUUGGUGCGUGACAAAGAAGCAGUUCCGGCAGAAGUCAAAAGUCAAACAAUGGUGAAUACUUGAGCUGGUUUAUCUAUCUGGGAUUCUGGGCGCUUCCGUGGCUUGUAAGUGAUGUGGAGUCCAGGUUCGUAUUCUUAUAACUGCCAACUGAGCAGAAAGGGGUUUUGUAGAGAAGAACGGGGUGACAUUUAAGAGUUUUCCAUAUUGUAUACAUCUUUUAUUUUUGAACUGAUCGUCCUAGAAUAAGCAAUCUAUGAUGUAACUAAUAUUUCCAAUAAAUUGCAAAUAACGCAAGCCUCUAUAUAAUUCUGAACGAUAAAGCGUACGAUGAGGCUUUGCCCAAGUAUGGUAUCGUAUCAAGAUAUUUGUAGGUUCAAAUGUCGAUUUGCUAUUUUCCUCAGUUUUGCA